CAGAGGUAAUAGGGAAACGUUGAUCAAAAGUCACUAGAUUGACUCCUGACUAAAAAGAUUAAUUGUCGUUCAUUGUGAUACUGCCCAUUUAAUUUUCACCGUAUAUUUUUGAAUGUCUAUGUGUGAUGAAACAUGUGCAAUUAUUGUGCAGUAAUAGUAAAUAGUAAAUAUAUUUUAACAAAUUGACACGAGUUAUUUAUAGUGCUGUAUAUGAAUGAAAAAAAAGCAUCUUAUUUUCAGAUCAACUAUUUUUUGGUUAUUAUAGUUGCAAUCAUAGAAGCAUAGGUACUUACUGUUACAGAGAAAAUUUGACUAUUAUUAUAUGAAAUGCUCUGUUUAAAAAAUAUGAUAAUUAUAAUUUUGACUGAAUUAUAUUAAUUGGUGUAUUAUUCUAUCAAUGGUUAACGUUUCUCACUGAUAUUAAUGUCUGUUAAAUCAUUUUUGUACAUGAUUUAUAUAUAGUUACAUAGUUACAAACGUGACCGAAGUAUUAAAAAAGGAAUUACAGGUAUUGUAGUGCAUAAAUAAAUAUUAUUCAAAAUCGGUUUUCAUAAAUAGAAGAACUAGAAUAUUUUUUUCAAUUUAAAAUAUUUAUAAAAAAUAGUUGCACGUGGUAUAAAAGCAGAGAACAUAUUGUAAUAUUAUAAAACCAUGUUGAGAAUAUUGAAUUUAUCUCAGAAACUUCCCUCGUAUCCAUUGGGACAGAAACUUUUGAAAUCGUACAAAGUUCCUUACAAUUUUCGAAGAAAUCUAACAACUACGUCUAUAUGUUGUAAAGAAGAUUCAUCUUUUCAUAAAAACAAUAAAUAUCAAGUUGGACAAGUUAUAAAUGGUUUUAUAGUGGAUGAAAUUGGAACUAUAGAUGAGAUACAAUUGACUGCAGUGAGAUUAACUCAUUUAGGCAGUGGAGCUCAAUAUUUACAUUUAGCCAGAGAUGAUUAUAACAAUGUUUUUUCUGUUGGAUUUCGUACAACUCCAAAGGACUCCACAGGAUUACCUCACAUCUUAGAACACAUCACUCUUUGUGGCAGUGAGAGAUAUCCAUGCAGAGAUCCAUUUUUUAAAAUGCUAAGGAGGUCAUUAGCUACCUUUAUGAAUGCUAUGACAGGGCCUGAUUAUACUAUAUAUCCAUUCUCUACACAAAACUUAAAAGAUUACCGAAAUUUACAGUCAGUAUAUUUGGAUUCAGUAUUUAAACCAAAUCUGCGAGAACUUGACUUUAGACAAGAGGGUUGGAGAUUAGAACACACAGAUGUUAAUGAUAAAAAUUCACCAAUAAUAUUCAAAGGGGUGGUUUUUAACGAAAUGAAAGGUGUUUUCAAUGAAAAUCAAUCCAUAUUGGCUGAGCAAUUAUUAAACAGUAUCUUACCUAGUCAUACAUACUCUGUAAUAUCAGGAGGAGAUCCUCUAGUAAUUCCUAAUCUAAGACACAUUGAUUUAGUGAAUUUCCAUAAAAUGUAUUAUCAUCCUUCAAACAGUCGAUUUUAUUCAUAUGGCAACUUCCCCUUGGAGGACCACCUAAAAUUUGUCAACGAUCGAUAUUUAUUUUUAGCAGAUAAAAUUGAUACAUCUAUAUCUGUAGUUCCUCCAGAAAAACGUUGGGAUAAAGCAAGAAAAGAACAUAUUUUAUGUAGACCAGAUCCUAUGGCUGCAGACCCUAAUCGGCAAGGCAAUAUAGCCAUUGGCUACUUGUGCAAUGAUAUAAUUGAUACACAGAAAACUUUUGAAAUGCAUGUCUUAUCUCAACUUCUUCUAAGAGGUCCUAACUCUGAAUUUUAUAAAUCAUUAGUGGAAUCAAAAUUGGCAGAUGCUUUUGGUCCAAUGACUGGUUAUGAUAAUCAUUGCAAAGACACUAUGUUUGUCUUAAGUUUGAUCGGCGUGAAGGAGGACGAUUUUGAAAAGAUAGACUGCAUAUUUAAUGAAACUGUAGAAAAAAUAAUUGAAAAAGGUUUCGAAACAGAUCAGAUUGAAGCCAUUUUGCAUGGCAUCGAGCUUCAAAUAAAACAUCAAACCUCUAAUUUUGGAUUACAAUUACUUUUUAAUUUAACACCACUAUGGAAUCAUAAUGGGAAUCUUAUACAAUCAAUGAGAAUUAACAAUGAAAUUAGGAAUUUUAGAGAAGAAAUGGAAAAGAACCCCAACUAUCUUCAAGAACUUGUGAAAAAAUACUUUAUGGAUAACACUCACAGAUUAACUUUAACAAUGUUACCUUGCAAACAAUAUGACCAUAAUAAAACAAUAGCUGAACGCGAAUUGUUGGAAUCAAAAUUGAAAAAACUUUCCAAGGAAGAAUUAGACCAAAUUUAUAUUGAUGGGCAGAUAUUGCUUCAAGAGCAACAGAAAAAGGAAGAUUCAAAUGUUCUUCCCACACUAAAGAUCGAAGAUAUAAAAACAGAUGUAGAACGGUACAACUUGAAAGAUUUAGAGAUUGUUGGUGUUCCAUUACAAGUAGCUGUUGAACCAACAAACACUGUCUGUUAUUAUCGAGGAAUUCUCAAUACACAAGGCCUAGUUACAGAUUUAAAAAUGUUAUUACCGCUUUUUAACCAUAUUAUUACAAAAAUGGGUUCAAACAAUUAUGAUUAUAGAAUUUUCGAUCAAAUGAUAAGAUUAAAAACUGGAGGUUUAAGUUUCAUGAAUCAUGUUGUGGAAAAUAAAAGUAAUUUACUUCAGUAUGAGGAAGGGGUACUGAUAGAAUCAUAUUGUUUAGAUCGCAAUGUAGAUGAUAUGUGGAGAUUAUGGUUUGAGAUAUUCAAUAAUGUAAAAUUAUCUGAUCUUCAAAGAUUUGAAACAGUUAUUAAAUCUUUUGCAGCAAAUUUGGUAAAUGGAAUUGCAGAUUCAGGACACAUAUAUGCAAUGAGUACUGCAGCUAGUUUAGUCUCACCAGUUACUAAGUUCAAAGAAACCAUAUCAGGAUUAGAAUUUGUCUCCAGAAUGAAGAAAAUUGCUCAAAUGCAAGAUUUAGGUAUUAUAUUCUAUGAAAUGCAAUUAAUAUCUGAACAGAUUUUGAAUAAACAACAUUUGAGAUCAGCAAUAAAUCUAUCUGAAAAUAAUAAAGAUAACAUAUUAAAUAGUAUUGCUGCAUUCUAUGAAUCACUGAAGAGUACACCAAAGAGUUCAUAUAUUUUUACAAGUGAACAGAGUAUUGAUGCAAAAGAGAGUGCUAUCCAUUACGUAUUACCAUAUACAGUAAAUUACGUGUCUAAAGCAGUUCUGACCGUACCAUAUACAAAUUCUGAUUUUGCACCUUUACAAAUUCUUGCUAAGUUGAUUUCCUCUGUUUAUUUACACCCAGAAAUUCGUGAAAAGGGUGGAGCUUAUGGUGGUGGAGCAAAAUUAUCAUCUGAUGGAGUAUUUACAUUCUACUCUUAUAGAGAUCCUAAUUCUACUCGCACAUUAGAUGUAUUUGAUAAAACCUAUGAUUUCUUGACAAAAUACUCGUUUUCUGAUACUGAUAUCGAUGAAGCAAAAUUAGGAGUAUUUCAACGUAUCGAUGCUCCAAUACCUCCGUGUAAUCGUGGCAUGAUUAAAUUUACACACAACAUCACAGAUGAUGAUAUGCAAAAAUAUAGACAACAGUUGAAAGCUGUAACUACAGAUCAACUCUUGUAUGUUGCGAAAAAGUACUUAGAACCUGGUCAAAAGGAUGUUCAUGUUGGACGUGCAUUGAUUGGACCAGUUAAUCAGGAUUUAUUAAGUAGACACUCAGAAAACUGGAUUGUUCAGAAUCAAGAUGAAGAAGCUCAAGCAAGAGCAGUUGAAUAGACAAUUUACUAAUAAUCGAUUUUUUUACUAUAUAUAAGUAGGUUAACGUUAUGGAAAUUAAAAGACUUAUGUAAAUAGUGUACACUGUAACUUUUCUGUAAUAAAUUAUUUAAACAAAAGUUAUAAUGCUGCAAAUACAUAAACAAUUCAUGUUUAAAUUUCGUCUACAGUUAACGCAUUGUUGACCAGUUACAACAAUCUGUUAAUGUAUAAAAGUCACUAUUAAAAAAAUAUUAUGUAUAUCAUUAUUUUAUUCUACAUGCUUUUUAU